AUGCCAAGGGAUGGUGCUUCUCGAAAAGGUGCUGAGCAAGGGAGGAUCGUCACCACAUGGCUUCGAGCAUGGCUCACCUGGGCUGGAGGCGGAGGGUGGGAGGGGGGCGGAGGGAGGUCGGGAGAAGGGCGGAAGGAGGAUGGCGGAGGAGGAAACGGCACACGCAUGGCUACCUGCACUGCACUGCUUACACUGACCCCCUCCAUGCCGCACAGCCGUCACUUUGCGGGGGCGUGCACAGGGAGAGUAUCUCAACCUCCGGUUCUCGUUAAACGGAUCGAUCUCAUGGGCACGGACACGUGGCAUGAUAGCGGUAGCCGCGACCGCUAUCGCGACUCCUCCCACUCGCACUCGCACGACGACUACCAUCGCGACUCGCGUUCGCACCACGGGGAAGGUCGUCGCGACAACCACUGGACGGCGAGCCGCGACGAUGACUGGGAGGAGCUUGAGGAUAAGAACGACCCGGAGCUGCAGGGGCUAGAGUACUCGGAGUUUCGGUGCAAGAAGCGCGAGAAGAUGCGCCGCCUGCACCGCCGCCUGCUCUGGCGCAUCACUCCCAGCCCGCCCCGGGAUCGCCCGCCGAUUCCUGCGCCGCCGGCGGAAGCGAACGGGCAUGCGAAGGGCGGCAGCAGGAGCGAAUCGGAGGACGACGAGAGGGAUAAAAGUGAUGGUGAACGGAGGUGUGGGGAUGCGGGGAAGGAGAGGGAGCAGGACGGAUUGACAAACGGGGAUGUGCAUGCGGUCGGGGAACGAGAUAAGAAGGAUGAAGUGGGGGAUGCAAAGGGAGGCGGCGGCGAAAGUAAGGAGGACAAGGGUGCUAAGCAGGGGGCGAGCGGCGGAGUGAAAGAGGCGUUGGAGAACGGGAAGGAAAGCGGAGAGGGCGGUUCGUCGGACGAUGAACGGCUCGCGAAAAAGAGGAAGGAGAAGCAGGAUGGAGUCGGCGUGAAAGGCAAGGGCAAGGGUCGGAAGCGGUCGGAGGACAGUGAUAGCAGUGAUGGGGAGAGUGAUGAAGAGAGUGACGAUGAGAGUAGCGAUUCGGAAGUGGACAGGCGGAAGAAAAAAGGGAAGGGGAAGAAGCGGAAAAGUAGCAGCAAGAAGUCAAAGCGAGGGAAGAAACGGAGUAAGAAGGAGAGCAAGAAGAAGCGGAAAGGGCGGAGCAGCAGCAAGGGCAGCAGGCGGCGACGUCGCAGCCGUCAUGAUUCGUCGUCAGAGGAAUCCGAAUCCGAGGACGAAGAGAGCGAGAGCUCGAGCGAGGACGAGUCGUCCAGCGACGGGGGCGACGAGAGCGACGGAGGGGCCAAGAAGCGCGCGAGGAAAGCGGGCAAAGCGGGGAGGAAGAGCGGAAGCGAGAAGGGCGAGGAGGAGGAGGAGGAGGAGGAGGAGGAGGAGGAGGAGGAGGAGGAGGAGGAGGAGGAGGAGGAGGAGGCGGACGAGGAAGGGGGAGGUGGCGAGGACGAUGAGGAGAUGGACCCUGAAGUGCUCCUGUUCAAGCAGUACGUGGAAGAGCAGAAGCGCGCACAGCUCGCCGCCAUGGAAGCUGAGCCGUUUGUGGGUCCCGCGCCCGCGGCCAAGGCGGAGGGGCACAUCAGCUACGGAGGGGCGCUGCGUCCCGGAGAAGGAGACGCCAUUGCGCAGUACGUGCAGCAAGGGAAGCGUAUUCCCCGUCGUGGUGAGGUGGGUUUGUCGGCAGACGAGAUUUCCAAGUUUGAAGAGCUCGGGUAUGUGAUGAGUGGAAGCAGGCAUCAGAGGAUGAAUGCUAUCCGUAUCCGAAAGGAGAACCAGGUGUACAGUGCGGAGGAUAAGAGGGCGCUGGCGAUGUUUAACUAUGAGGAGAAGGCGAAGAGGGAGCACAAGGUGAUGUCGGACCUGCAGCGGCUGGUGCAGAGGCACAUGGCGGCGCAGGAUGGGCCCAAAGAGGGAGGUGGUGGUGGUGGUGGUGGUGGUGGGGAGGAUGCGGAUGCAGAGUGA